AUGAAGAAGAGAACAUCCCCCUGGAUCCAAGUAAAGAAGUCCUCAGAGUUGAACGGUUAACUGUCGACUCCGCAUUCCAUCAGCAGAUCACGUCUUUAUUCUCCUUUGCUCGUAAUCUGCCAGCAUGUCUGACGAGGAGUAUUCGGAAUCCGAGGAGGAGACUCAGCCAGAGCCUGAACCUCAAAAGAAGACUGAGCGUAGACAAUCAGAAAAGGGAGGCGGCGGUGGUGGUGAUGGAGACCCCGAGUUUGUAAAGCGUCAAGAAGCCAAGACAUCCGCUCUAGACGAACAGCUCAAGGACUACAUCGCGGAAUGGAGGAAACAGAGGGCUCGCGAAGAGGACGACCUCAAAAAACUGAAAGAAAAACAAGCCAAGCGCAAAGUUAUGAGAGCAGAAGAAGAAAAGCGCAUGGCAGAAAGAAAGAAGCAAGAAGAAGAAAGACGUGUUCGUGAAGCUGAGGAAAAGAAACAGAGGGACAUUGAAGAGAAGAGGCGAAGGCUUGAAGAAGCUGAAAAGAAACGCCAAGCCAUGAUGGCUGCCCUCAAGGAUCAAAGCAAACAGAAAGGACCCAAUUUCACAAUUGCCAAGAAGGAUGCAGGUCAACUCACCAUGUCCUCUGCUCAACUUGAACGCAACAAAACCAAGGAGCAGCUUGAGGAAGAAAAACGUAUCUCACUCAGCAUUAGGAUUAAACCUCUUAACAUUGAAAACCUAAAUGUCGACAAGCUCCGCCAGAAAGCCCUCGAACUUUGGGACUGCAUUGUAAAAUUGGAAACGGAAAAGUACGAUCUGGAAGAAAGGCAAAAGAGGCAAGACUACGAUCUUAAAGAAUUGAAAGAAAGGCAAAAGCAACAACUUAGACACAAAGCACUUAAGAAAGGUCUUGACCCUGAAGCUCUCACUGGAAAAUACCCACCUAAAAUCCAAGUCGCCUCCAAAUAUGAAAGGAGAGUCGACACCAGGUCAUAUGAUGACAAAAAGAAAUUGUUUGAAGGCGGAUUUCUGGAGCAGAAUAAGGAGUCACAAGAAAAAAUGUGGAUGGAAAAGAGCGACCAAUUCGGAUCCCGCCCUCAAACCAAAUUACCCAAAUGGUUCGGUGAGCGCCCUGGCAAGAAGAAGGAUGCUCCUGAAAGUCCCGAAGAGGAGGAAGUCAAACCUGCCGAUGAUGAUGUAGAACCCGUAUACGUGGAAGAAGAGGUCGAAGAAGAAGAGGAGGUCGAAGAGGAAGAGGAAGAAGAAGAGGCCGAAGAGGAAGAAGAAGAGGAAGAGGAAGAAGAGGAAGAAUAAAUACAUCAUUAUCACUAAGUGUUAUUGGAAACAUCUUUUAUGAGUGAUUAUUGACAGUCCGAUACCAAACGUGUACAUGAUGACCUGCAGUCAUGAACCAAUCAACCAAUGAAGCAAUGAAGAGUAUCAUCCGAAACAGAAAAUUUUUACAAAUUAUUUAUUGUCAUAUUUUAACUUUUCUUUGUAAAUGCUAUACUCCAAUAAUAAUUUAAUAGGUAUGAUAAUUAAUUUGUGCUAACAAAAUUAUAUAUAUUUAUGAUGAUAAUUAAUCUGUUAACUGAGUCAAAUAUAUAAGGGAGUAAGGUA